UACACUCGGCUAUUCGGCCAACGUUUCUCUUUUCGUGCGUAAAGUUUAAACUGUGCUUCACUAUUUCGCCGCUGAUUUCAGAAGAACUCCACUCAAGGGAAUCGACACCCAUGGCGUCUGCGAGAAUCAGAGAUUUCGAGGACUUCGUUGAAGUGCACGGUCUGCUCCUGGCAGCUUCAGGCAUUCCUCCGUCUCUGCAUCGUCAGCUCUUUCAGAAGCUCUCUACUGAGACCUUCGACAGUGGAGACUUCUUUCAGGUCGAGCCUUGCGAGAACGGUCGACAGAGACAACUCGUCCUUACUUCGGAUUUCAUGGAGAAGGAGUCUCAGCUCUUCCUUAUUGACCACGCCUGGACAUUUCGCCUCGCCGAUGCUCGAAAACAGCUGCAGGACAUUCCAGGGUUAGCUCAGAGGAUGGCUUCAUUGAUGUGUGUGGAUAUUGAUUUGACUUCAGAUACUGAAGAUGCGGACCUUGAACCCGAUGGUUCACAUGAGAACAGUACCAGCAAUGUUAUGGAAAUACUGGAGAAGGAAAUUUGUCAAGCCAAAGAAAAAGGCAUUGAUGCAGUAAUGUGGCUAGAGCUGGAGGAGCUUGACAUUGAUGAUGCUAUGCUGUUGUCACUGGAUUUAUCUGUUAAAUUUCCGAAUCUGCUUGCGCUUAGCCUGUGUGGGAACAGGCUCCAGGAUGCAUCAACAGUUGUCCAGGAAGUGACAAAAUUUAAAAAUCUGAGAGCUCUUUGGUUAAACCACAAUCCUGUUCUCAAAAACUGUGGUGGUCAGAUGGAAGAUGCAAUUCUUCAAGGAGUUCCAAGCUUGGAAAUUUACAAUUCAUGUUGCACCAAUAAUUUUGGAGAAUGGGCAUUGGGUUUUUGUGGUGGGUUAUACGGGAAGGAGAAACCAGGCAGUUUCCAUAACUCUACCAAUCCACUGGAGACCGUGACAUCACUUGACCUGUCAAAUAGAUGUAUUCACAAUUUAUUCAAUAAGGCAUUCUCUGCUACCAAAAUGCCAUCUCUUUCAUAUUUGAAUCUCCGUGGAAAUAGUUUGGAGCAGAAUUCUGCUGAAGACUUAUUGAAACUCCUGAAAGGAUUUUCUUGUCUACAACAGUUGGAGGUUGAUAUUCCUGGUCCCCUUGGGGGCAGUGCAUUACAAAUUCUUGAAUCUCUUCCUUAUCUUUCUUUACUGAAUGGCGUUGAGGUAUUGAAAAUUUUAGAAACUGGAAAGCAUGUGAUUGAUUCGAAGCUGCAACCUCGUCUUCCUGAAUGGAAAUCUGAUGAACCUCUUGCUGAUCGUGUUAUUAGUGCAAUGUGGUUAUUUUUAAUGACAUAUAGACUUGCAGAUGAAGAAAAGAUUGAUGAAACCUCUGUUUGGUAUGUGAUGGAUGAGCUAGGUUCAGCUUUGAGGCACAGUGACAAGCCAAACUUCAGGGUUUCUCCUUUUCUCUUCAUGCCAGACGGAAAAUUAGCAUCAGCUGUGAGCUUUUCUAUUCUAUGGCCAACCCAGAACAUUCAUAAAGGUGAUGAGUGUACUCGUGAUUACUUGUUUGGUAUUGGAGAAGACAAGCAACGGUCUGCUCGGCUCACAGCUUGGUUUCACACCCCAAAAAAUUAUUUUAUAAAGGAGUAUGAGAAAUACUGGAAGCAGCUUUCUCCAAGAACUUCUGCCUCUCCUUGCAUAGAAGCAUCCAUAUCCAGAAGUCUACUUCGAAGUGAUGACCAUGCUUUACGUGUCUACACUGAUAUUCCUCAAGUAGAGGAAUUUUUGACACGCCCUGAAUUCUCACUCACAACUGAUCCAAAAGAUGCUGAUAUCAUUUGGACAAGUAUGCAAAUGGAUGAUGAAGUUAAAAAAGCUGCUGGAGUAACAGAUGAUCAAUACAUCAAUCAAUUUCCUUUUGAAGCUUGCCUUGUCAUGAAACACCAUUUAGCGGAGACUGUUCAGAAGGCAUAUGGAUCUCCUGAAUGGUUUCAACCUACUUAUAAUCUGGAAUCAUAUCUUGCUGCACUAGUUGGAGACCAUUAUGUGCGUGAAAGAGAUGAGCUUGACAAUCUUUGGAUUUUGAAACCAUGGAACAUGGCCCGAACCAUUGAUACUACUGUUACUGGUGAUUUAUCUGCUAUAAUAAGACUUAUGGAAACUGGUCCAAAAAUCUGCCAAAAGUAUAUUGAGCAUCCUGCACUGUUCAGAGGCAAGAAGUUUGAUCUACGUUACAUAGUCUUGGUCCGCAGUAUGAACCCUUUGGAGAUAUUCCUUUCUGAUGUUUUCUGGGCUAGAUUAGCAAAUAAUGUGUAUUCUUUAGAUAAGCGCAGUUUUUUUGAGUACGAAACUCAUUUCACUGUCAUGAACUAUAUUGGGAGAUUAAAUCACAUGAAUACACCAGAUUUCGUAAUGGAGUUUGAGAAAGAACAUCAAGUUAGAUGGAUGGAUAUCCACCAUAGAGUACGGACAAUGAUUCGUUCUGUGUUCGAAGCGGCUGCAAUAGUGCAUCCAAAAAUGUGCGGUUCAACAUCUAGAGCCAUGUAUGGGGUGGAUGUCAUGCUUGAUUGCUCUUUCCAGCCAAAGUUACUGGAGGUCACAUACUGUCCCGACUGCACGAGAGCAUGCAAGUAUGAUACAAAAGCAGUUGUUGGAAAUGGUGAUAUUAUCAAAGGUCAGGAUUUUUUCAAUCAUGUGUUUGGUUGUCUCUUUCUAAACGAAACCACUCAUGUAACUCCACUAUAGUUGCAAGGGGGGAAAAAUUCUAUAUGCUCAUAGUCUAGAAAGUUUAGAUAUUCAAUCCUUUGGGAUGUACUCACCUCUCUCCAUCUGGCCCUAUACCAUUGUUUUCAAUUUUUUGGGGGUAUUAGUGUACAAGUUUGGUUUUUAUUGGUACAUUUCUAUCAAUUUUACUUCUGCA